AUGGAAGAUGAGUCUAAUUUCUUUCUUCAGCCUGGUUUCGAUGAGCUCAGCAUGAUAGGUGUUUGGAGAGAGAAGUCCUUGGUGUGCGUGGCAGGUGGCAGAGGGCGAGCGUGCGGAGAGGAGAUGGCAGACGUGGUGGAAGGAGAAGAGGCUCAUUUGUCAUGUCGGUUCAGCCCGGUUCUGUCUUCGAAGGAGCCGGAAUUCUUUUGGACUCGCACCGGACCGAGUGGGGAAAAGGACAUGGUCGCCAUCAGAUCCGUCCCGCUUGCCACACACUAUCGGAUCGACUUCAUUCCCUCGGAGGGGAAGUACGACCUGUUCAUCAAAGGAGCGACGUACGAGAGAGACAAUGGGAGAUUCGAAUGCAUGGUGAAAGAAGGUGGAACGGGGCGCGAUUUCUACAAUAAGGCAUAUUAUUUGACGGUGUUACUCCCACCGGGUCCACCCGUAGUGACACCCGGAGGUGAACCCUUGGGGAUCGAAGGGAAAGAGAUGAAGCUCUCCUGCUCGAGCCUCGGAGGAAGCCCCGACCCCCAAGUCACAUGGUAUCGAGUGGGAGAAGAUUCAAGUCUGGCAUCCGUGGUGACACCGGGAGGAAGGAAAGACCAAGCUACGACGGCGGUUUUAACUAUUAAUCCUCGACGAGAAGAUGACGGCGCUGAAUUCCGGUGUGUCGUCUGGAAUCGAGCUCUUCCUCAAAAAUCCCUUGAAACAACCGUCAGACUCAGAGUCCAUUACUUUCCCCGGGUGACUGUGGGGCCGGCGAACCCCGUCCGAGUGGAAGAAGGGGGUUCGGUGAGACUCAGUUGCAGUGUGGAUUCAAAACCCCCUGCCACCAGAGUGAGAUGGCUUCAAAACGGUCGAGUUCUUGGCCAGGGAUUAGUGCACACGUUGGAGAAGGUCCAGCUAGAAGAUGCAGGCACUUACACGUGUCAGGCCUACAACGGUCUGGAGUCGACGGGAGAAGGGGAUGUGCUCGUGGAUGUCCUCUACGGCCCGAUCGUGAGCCUCCCAAAACGACGAGAGGUCCAACCGGGCCAAGGGAUCACCGUUCAAUGUCUCGUGGACAGCAAUCCUCUGCCCUCGUCGAUCGAAUGGCUCAAGGAAGGGGAUCCGGAGUUCAGACAAAGAGGCGCCGAACUCGUCCUUCCCGUCGUCACGGCGGAGGAUGUGGGAACAUACACGUGUCGAGCCCUCGUCUCCUUCGCGGUGGAUUCCCCAAAAAGGAAAGAGAUCGAACGAGAAGGGAACGGCAGUGUGUUGAUCUUGGUCAAUCACCGACCGGGUCGAGCCACGAUUCGAUCGGAACCCGAGUUCCCUGUAGCCGGGGAACCUGUGACCCUUGUGUGCGACCCGAAUCCACCGGGAUGGCCCGAACCGGUCAUCGUGUGGUGGAAAGACGAUGGCAAUCCCGAGAAUCCCAUUUCCAAUGGUGGAAACUUCACUCUCCCGGGUCCUGUGUUGGGGGGCGAAGGGGAAGGGGUGUAUCAUUGCUUGGGAAGGAAUAGCUUGGGUGAAGGAACCCCAGCUUCAUAUGCAUUGGAUCUGGGACAGAAACCCCGCAUAUCCAGCCCCUUGCCCCCGCAGGUCGUGAAGGGCACAGAUUCUCCACGAUUCUCCCUCAAUUGCUCCGCCACCGGAAAGCCGGAACCGGAGGGGGUGUGGUUGAAGGGAGGGGAAGAGAUCCCGUCGGGGAGUCCUUUGUACGGCAUCCGUGAGGAAGCCGUGGAAGGGCGAUUUGGGGUGUGGACGGUGAAGAGCGAAUUGGUGUUUUAUGGACGCGACCGGUCGGGCGACCAAGAUCGUCUCUCCCCCUCCGAUCGAGGGUCCUAUACUUGCCUCUUCCGUAACCAGGUCGGAUCUGACAAGUCCUACACCCUCCUCCGCAUCCAACAUGCGCCAUUGGAUGAAGGGACGGGGAAGAAGGUGGCGGGGACCGUUGGAUCGUCUGCCGUCUUACAAUGUCGAGUCCGCUCGUUCCCACAACCCACAUUCUCCUGGUCGUUCCAAGAUAACCCAUUGGUUGCCAUGGCCGGCUCGAAGUACGAGAGCAACAGCAGCAACCUCGAAGGAGAUGUCCACGUGGGGAUGUUUCACAUUCAGAGCAUCACUCCAGGGGAUUACGGUCUUUAUACGUGCCACGUCCAGAACAGUUUGGGUGGGAUACGACUGGAGAUUCGUCUCCAGGGUCACAGCUCACCUGACCCACCCGAACCACCUGUGCCUGUCUCCACCGGCCCCACUUGGAUCCUCUUGGAAUGGGAACCUGGUUUCGACGGUGGGCUUUCCGAUUCCCUCGGAUUCAUGGUUUCCGCCGAUCCCCAGGACGAUCCUCGCGCGGAAAGGAAGGAGUUCGAUUGUCAGAAUCACAAUCCCUGCAAUAUCACCAAUCUUCGACAUCAGACAGCCUACCUCUUUCGGGUAAGGGCGUUCAACGCGAAAGGAGAGAGCGAAUUCUCGGCUUCGUCCAGACUGUCGACGGAAUUGAAUUUCGAGGAGAUACCAAGCCCCGUGGAUGUUGUUUAUGGGAAGAACAUUAAGACGCUGGCAUUCAGCUUCUUGAGUUCCCCUUUCGACCUGGAGGCGGUGGUGGAGACCAAGUCCGGAUCUGGAUGGGAGGUCUACGACCGAAUACCCCUGGAUAGAACAACCCGGUCCCGCCAACACGAUUUGGUCAUGGAUCUGGAAGGCAAGGAUCCGUCCGUCCGUGUCAGUCUCUGUCUUCAGGGCAACCAGACUAUCUGCGGACGACCUACCGUCGCUGAAAUCGAGGCGGAGAUGCCGGUACACAUGUUGGUGAGUAAGGGAUUCCCUAAGGAGUUGCAGGUGACAAUCGGAGUGUGCGCCCUCGCCUUCCUUGCUGCCAUCCUCAUCGUCAUCUGCAUACUGCGUCGCAAGGUCAACGGAUCCAAGGGCUCUGGCAAGGACUACGAACUCGAGAACUCACACGUUCGUCCGAACUUGGUGACGGGUGUUGGGGGGAAUCCGCCUCCGCCAUACUAUCCCGGGGACACAAAGUCUUCCCUUUCCCUCUAUGAUCCUCCUCAUAAUCACAGCCACAACACAAGCACGAGCAGAAACGGAUAUCCGGGAUACUCGUAUCCUGCUGCGGGCAACGGUCAUCUUCCCAAUGGAUCAGGCUACGGCAUGGGGCAAGGGCCAGGAGAGGAAGGAGGAGAGGGAUCCGAGGAUUCCCUUUGGAAAGGAAAGUUGGGAACAGGGGAUCAUGGAAAUGGAGCUUACACGUUACACGCGUACGAUGGAGCCCCAAGUCGAGGGCAAGGGACGUUCCGGGGUUAUGACGAUUACGUCACGUAUCCCCCCUCCGCCCACGAGGAGUACUUGAACCAGAGGAAUAGGCAACUCCUCCCUUUUUCGUCCCGGAAUCCCCUGCAUGAUGAUGAUCUCAAUGGAGGAGGAGAGCAGCAGGUCCAUUACCAUCUUCCUGACCCUCUUCUCGAUGGAUCCCGUUACGUGGGGUCGAGUGAUAUGGGUGCUGGAGGUGAUCGGACUCAACAGGUCACGAUGUCCUUCGAAGAAUCCUUCGAUAGUGUCCCUGGUCAAGGUCAAGGUCACAUGACCCCGACUUCUCGCCACCGGCGGGUCAUCCACGAGGUCAUCGUCUGACCCUGACCUGUCCCUGCUCAAUUCCCUCCCAUCUUCACUCGCCCCUCCUCUUGAUCUCGGCCCGAUUUUUGUUUUAGGUUAUUUUGAUAUGCUUGGACAUGGAUGAUGGAGAAUGAUUAUGAGAGGCAAUUUUAAGCAUGACUGGUAUAAUCUAGUCUGAACUCUGAAAGAGAGAGGGGGAGAAGGGAUACAAAGCGAUGCCUCUGGGAUUCGCUUUACUUCGGCUUUUUUUUCAGUCUUGUCAAUCAGUUCCAUAGAGAGGGCGAGAGAGAUGUAAUCAAGAUAUGACCGGAAGGCGAAAGGAACUUCUUCAGGGGUUUCCUCGCCUCCAUUUCAGUCAAUCAGAAUAGGAAAGAGAGUAAGAAAAAAAUGGAGGCCUUGAUGACUUCAUCCGGAUUGAUCUUGCGGCCUGUUUUCUAGGCCCACUUGAAAUCUUACAUGGGGGAGAAAAAAAAAGAAUGGGCCGGGUGCGGGACAGGUGGAUUUGUCUGGAACAAAGGGAUUGUUCAUCGGUCAUAUGAACACACUCUCCCCUUCUCCGUUCACCCGAAGAGUGAAUGGUCCCUUUUCUGUCUCUUGUGUGUUUUCUCUUUCCUUCAGCCCGCCUCCGUUGAAAUGGGCAGUUAGUGGCGUAGGAAAUCGGUCGUGACUCUCUCUCUAUUGAUGAUUCUUCGAUUCUCUUCUCCCCCUCUCUCUUAUAAAAAGGCAUUGUUGGUUCAGUGACUUGAAGAUGGGGGAGCCAGUCAUGAUGCAUUUCGACCGACUCUUGUUGCAUUGUCUGUGAUAUCGAUGGCAACGACCUUUUCCUGCUUUUUUUUUUUUUUCC